GAGUGCGCUCGUCUCGUCGUCUCCGAUCGACCAAACCAGCGAAACCACCAUCCGCCGGCAAUGGCAGCCUUGCUCCACCAGACACCACUCCAGCCACCUCAAACCACCACGAGACCGCACCCGUGGACGCACACCUCCACAACCAACCUCUCGCCGCCUCACGUGGCACUCCCCCAGCGACGGCGAGCCCCACUCCGGCGGCUACAAGCCGCCGGCAGCGGCGGCGCCAUCGGCUCCUCCGCCGUCACGGACACCGAGAGCACCACCACAGCCAAAUCGCCUUCCAAGAAGAAGAGCCGCAAGGAGAAGCAGCGGAUGCGGCGGCAGGAGAAGGAGCAGGAGCAGCGGCAGAUGGUGCUGGAAGCGCUGGACGUCAAGAGCGGCGGCGAGGUGGACGAGGACGACGACGAGCUGCCGCAGCCGGUGUUCGACCGCAUCCUCCGCCGGAUCAUGUUCAUGGUCGGCGUCCCGAUGGCGUCCGGCGUCGGGCUGCUCAACCUGUACGGCGCGCUGGAGCGCGGCCGGGGCGUCGCCGUGCCGUCGUGGCUGCCGCUGCUGACCAUCCUCGUCGCCUUCGGCACGUCGGCGCUGGGGAUCGCCUUCGGGACGCUGUCGGCGAGCUGGGACCCGGAGAAGGAAGGGUCGCUGCUCGGGCUGGAAGAGGCCCGAGCCAACUGGCCCGUGCUGUGGGAGGAAGAAAUCGAGAAGGCCAAGAAGAAGAAAUGACUGUACAUUGAUGCUAAAUUGCUACUAGUAGAAAGUACAGUAGAGCACUGAAAAUAUGUGUACCUUGCCAGUUCAGUGUGGUAUAUACUACAUUUCGUAAUGAGGGGAUUGAUUAGUUCUUGGUUAAUCCGCAAUUGCAUGUAGAUAUGCUAUAAAUUUUCACAGCAAGUAACACUAGUUGUCUUUGAGA